AUGGCUGCCCGUGUACAAAUCUACAAGUUGGGCGUUAAGCCAUUAUUUGAUCAUCUAUCCGAAAAGGAGAAACUUUAUAGUCACUAUCUAUCAAGGGCAGCAUGGUCUGGCACAAGAAUUAUUCUACGUCAAGUCUCUCCAGAAUCACUUGGUAUCUUUGAAUUUAUAAUGGAGCUUUAUGAAUCAUGCGGUGGCGAUUGGAAUCAAUUUUCAACAGAUUACGGAGUAGCUGUAAAGGAUCUUGAAGCAUUCCUCGAGUUUGCGGCUACUUUCCUGUCCAACAUCGGUAAUUACUAUGGGUCAGGAGACCAGAAGUUUAUUCCACGGGUGCACCCCGGUACAAUAGAGAAACUUGCCUCUCGAUCACCCAAGCUCCUAGACCUCUAUAGGAACAUAGAGGGCUCUAUCAUGGCAAUGCCGCCUGUCACCCUUGGAUAUCCCAGUACCUUGGCUCAAAGUUCUUAUUACCCAGGAGAUUUAAUGAGUAAAGAAGAGAUCGCUCUUGUUUCGAGGCACAUGGAUGCCCAUUCCAUACUACCUGAGAACACCAGAGUGCGAAAAACUGGUGAAACUUCGUUCGAGGUCCUCCAGGCUUCAAUCAUAUCAACGGACCAAGCAAAACCCUUAGACAUUACGAACUCUCCCGCUAGCGUAAGUCUAGUCCGUGGUGAUCAUGCCGAAUACUUAAAGAAUAUUUGCGAAAACCUAGCAAAAGCUAUGGAAUACGCUGCGAACGAUACUCAGAAGAAAUUCUUGUCUCAAUAUAUUGAAAGCUUUCAAACUGGCAACCUCGAGACGUAUCGGGAUUCUCAACGGACAUGGAUUACGGAUAAAGGACCUAAAGUUGAGAAUAUUUUCGGCUUUGUAGAGCCAUACCGAGACCCGGCUGGUAUUCGCGCUGAGUUUGAAGGCCUGGUUGCGAUCGCGGAUGCCGAUGAGACAAAGCUCUUGUCAAAAUUGGUUGAGAACUCCGACAAGUUCAUUCGGCGACUACCUUGGGCGACCGUCGAGAAUAAUGGAAAAGGGCUAUUCGAAAAAUCUCUCUUUGAACCGCCUGAUUUCUCCAGCAUCCAUGCGCUCGCAUAUUGUUCGAGUAUAAUUUUCCCUGGAAUCAACCUUCCCAAUUAUAAUGAUAUCCGUCAAGACGUGGGAUUUAAAAAUGUCAUCAUAGCAAAUCGUAUGAUAGCUGAAAGUACUGCGAUGCAAUGGCCGUUCAUCGACGACUCUGAAGUUGAGGUAUUUAGGAAGCACAAGUACCCUGCGUACUACUGGUGGGUUGUGCUUCAUGAGCUGCUAGGUCACGGCACAGGUAAGAUGAUGAUUGAAGAACCUACCAACAAGUUCAACUUCGACUUUAAUAACCCACCGAUCAACCCCCUUGACGGGAAACCUAUAAGAACUUGGUACAAACCGGGUCAGACAUGGACUGGCCAAUUUGGCGACUUAGCAACGACACUGGACGAGUGUAGAGCCGAGCUUGUAGGGGCUUAUCUUAUGGACGACCCAGAGCUACUGGCUCUCUUUGGCUUCACAGAUGAAUCGACUAUUCGAUCUAGCGAUUUGACCUAUAAUCUCUACCAGCAGCUCGGGGUUGAUGGUCUUCGAGCUCUAUCCAAUUAUAAUGUCGAUGGCAUGAAAUGGGGACAAGCUCACAGCCGGGCUCAUUUCGCUAUGCUUAAAUGCUUGCUCCGGUUCGGUCAUGGAUGCAUCAAUAUUCAUCAUGACAUCAUUACCAAAACGCUGAGAGUACUAGUCGAUAGAUCAAAGAUAGCCAGUCAUGGAAAGAAGGCGCUUGGUGAAAUGCUAUUGCGCCUCCAUAUAUACCGCUGUACUGCCAACGUUGAGGAGUGCAGGAGGUACUAUGAAGAACUAUCCUAUGUAGACGAAGAGUGUCUCAGGUGGAGGGAAACGGUUGUUGAAAAUAAACCACCCCCAUUAUUGAAUGUACAGGCCAAUACAUUUAUUGAGGAAGGAAUAGUUAUGUUGAGGGAAUAUGAGCCCACCAUCGAGGGCAUCAUUCAAAGUUGGUAUGAGCGUGGAGUUUAA